AUGUCCGUCUCUGCAAUUGCUGCGUUCCGCCCCGUGCCGACAAGAUGCACGCGCCUCGCCGCAACGGGCCUGUUGACGGUGCGGCUCCGAGCUCCAGCUGCCAGCCUGACGCUCCGCGCCGUCAUCAGCCUCCCUGCAUGCCAGCGACGGUUUGAAUCGCAACCACGCCCUCCGGGCCAGCCGCCCGCCUCGCCAGCGACGUUUCGCCAAUUCGUCAGGCGCUCCUUGCGCGUGAGCCUGAGAAAUCUCUUCUUCGCCCUCAGCCCUCGCGGCAUCAGGUCUGCGUACACAGAUUCGCCGGCGCAGACGAGCCUAAGCGUCAUCGUCCUGGCGCUUCUUACCGUCGUCUUCGCCAUCGUCCUCCGGUCCUUCUUCCUCGCCUUCUACAACCCCCAGUUCAGUCGGUAUCCCGAGCCGGUCGCCAACAGCCUCCGGCUCGCCAUCUACUACACCAACUACAAGCCGGAUCCGCAGCUGGCGCUAAAGUACUACAGGCGGGCCAUGGAGCAGGUGCGCGAGGCUGGGCUGGACCCCUUCUCCGACGAAGUGCUCGGCAUCCGCCUCCAGGUGUCCGCCUGGCUGCUCAAGGUUGAAAGCUACAAGGCUUCCAUCGACGUGCUCGAGUCCGUGCUGCACGACUGCAGGACGUGGGUCGACACGAUGGAGCGGUCGGCGUCGGUCCCGGACGGCACAGCGACCGCAGCCGGCGCGCGCGCUUCCAGCACGUCCGGGGGCGCGGCAACCGAGCGCGCCGCCGCCGCCCCCCCGGCCGCCCACGCGCAAGGGCCAGACGGCCAGGCACAGGAUGCCGGUCCCGACGUCGAAACGCUCUGGCGCAAGAGACAGCGGCUGCUGGCCAAGGCGGUCGGCAUCGCCGUCAAGCUGGGCCAGGUGUACGCCGACGAGCACGUCAUGGAGCCCGAGAAGUCCAGCGACCGUCUCGUGUGGGCGGUCGAGACGUCCCUGAAGGAGCUCCAGCGCCGCAGGGCGCGUGGCCCCCGGCCGGGAGAGCACGACUGGCUCUCCCCCGCCGAGCUGGGCGCCGUGCUCGAGGCCCUGGGCAGGGACUACGAGCGCCGCUCUCAGUUCCAGCUCGCCGUGCCGCUGUUCUUCCAGGCCCUCCAGCUGUGCGACAGCCCGUGCCACGGCGCCGUCAUCAUGAACAACCUGGCCGCAUGCUUCGCGCAGCAGCAGCCCGUCCUCGCCGCCGCCGCCGCCGCCGCCGCCGCCGCGCCCGCGCCAGCCGACCUCCCCCGCACGAGGGAGGACUGCCUCGAAGCCGCGGCCAGCUGGGCCUCCAACGCCUACGCCCACGGCACGCACGUCCCGGCGGCGCAGAGAACCGCCGAGUGUGACGAGGCUUGCGCCGUGGCCCUCUGCAACUGGGGCGACGUGGCCGCCUUGCAGGGCAACAAGGAGCUCGCGCGGCAAAAGUACCAGCAGUGCAUCGACAUGGGCCGCAAGCUAGAUUUCGCCGCGGCAGUCAGCAAAGCCCAGGAGGGCCUGGCCAACCUGACGACAGCCCCUGGUGCCGAGGCCUAG